AUGGCUGAGAAGAAACCCUCUGUCAAGUCUGGCAGCAAAAAGGGUCAACAUGGCUCACUCGAGAAAACUCACACUACAGCUGCCAUCGAUGGUCGUCACCUGGUCAGCGAUGGCGUUGCUAGAGACAAGAACUCCGCGUACCGUCACCACCGACCAAACAGCAAAAUCUUUGAGAAAGAGGAUGAACUAAAAGACGUCCGCCAGUUGCUAGAGAGCAAGGACGAAACCCUGCACGAGGUGGUCGGCACUGGAACCUUUGCUGAUGUGUACCGCGGUGUGAACCAUCGCCUGAACAAGGUCAUCGCCGUGAAGAUAAUUGAUCUGAAGAAGACUAGUGCCCACUACCGAGAACAGCUGCUGCCACAGGAGAUUGCUAUCAUCAAGCAGCUGAAGCACCCUCGCAUCGUCAAGAUCUACCACAUCUCCCAGGUGGGCUACAAGGUCGUCCUGGUGAUGGAGUUUGCCAGCAAGGGCACUCUCUCCGACCUGAUUUGCUCCAUUGGAGCGCUCAAAGAGCCCGUCGCCUGGACUAUGUUCCGCGAUGUGCUCGAAGGUCUGGGCUACAUGCACCACCGCUCCAUUGCCCACCGAGACCUGAAGCUGGAGAACAUUCUCAUCAACCACAACAACCUGCCCAAGCUGGCCGACUUUUCCUUUGCUGUGUACUUCGACGGUCACACCCUGUGCACCAAUCACUGCGGCUCCAUUCCCUACUUUGCGCCUGAGAUGCUCUCCAAUGCGCCCUACCACCCACUUCUGUCUGACGUGUGGAGCAUGGCGGUGUGCAUCUACAUCACCACCAAUGACACCUUUCCCUUUCGCAUUGGCGACGAUCGGGCCAUGCUGGCGGCGCAGCUGGCCAAGGCCUGGAAGUUCCGCACUCGAACUGAGCAGACCUUCUCCGAGGCGUACAAGUCACUGAUCAAAGCAAUGCUGCAGCCUGAUCCGGCCAAGCGUAUUCGCACUGAGGAGAUUCUGCGUCACAGCUGGAUAACUACCGAGCAGCGAACCGAAUGA